CACCGUGUCUCGAUGUUUGAAUGUGUGAGAGUGUUUAUCUACACAUAAAUAGAAUGACUUGGAUUACCAUUUGAGUUGAGCAGUGACUGACACCUGCUACACAAGUCAGGAUGAAAGUUCUUCUGAUUCUUAUGAUCUCAGGUUUUGCUGAGUUGACCCUUGCUCAGGCUCAAGGUAUAAAACUGAUUGCUUUCACUGGAGGGGGCAUCAUUGUCAAGUGUGUUUAUAAUACAGGCUAUGAAAGAAAUAUGAAGUCCUUCUGUAAGGGCAAUGAUAACUGCAAAUAUGACCAAAAAUCUCAAAACACAGACAAACGAUUCACACUGUACGAUACAAAUAACCAUCACUUCUUAGUAUUGAUGAGAAGCCUCACAGAAAAGGACUCUGGGAAAUACCAAUGUUUAGUGGAACUGAGUCAGGGCAUUCAUAAAAACACCACAUUCAAUUUGGAGGUGAAAAAAGAUCCAUGUUGUGGACAAGUCAUUACACAGUCUGGUAAUGUGAAUGAGACAAUUGAGGUCAGUUGUAAGUACCCUAGCAGCGUGAGAGGGAACAGCAAGUCCUUUUACAAACAGCACCCUAUUAUCCUCUCUGAAGGCACUACCUCUAAAUCACCACAACAGCCAGCAAAACUAAGCAUAGUUGAUGACAGCAGAACAGAAGCAUUUCAAGUGACUAUCAGGAGGCUAACACUGGCUGAUGCUGGAGUCUACUGGUGUGGAGUAGGAACUGGUGGGAAUACUGGCAGCAUUAACCUCAUCACAGAAGUUCAACUCCACGUCAUUGAUCCAAACCACCAGACUUCUCCAAGAACUUCACCAUACCCAAGAUCCUCCGACAAUCUGGCAUCAUCUCAACCUGCCAAUCUCUCUACAGCUGGCGACCAUGUCCCGCUCAUAGUAUCUUUAACGUUGGUGGUGUUGGUGACUGGCUUGGGAGGAGUCACACUGUACGUCUAUAAGAAGAGGAAGGCUCAGGGGCAUACCUCAUCUACAGCUGUUGGACACCAAAGACCGCCUCAGAGAGAUUGUGUCUAUGAAGAGAUCAAUGAUCCAGAUGGUCCAUCUGACCCCAGCUCCAGUGCCAUUGGUUCUCCAGACAGCCCUGACUACGCCACCGUCACCUUCCACAAGGGGGCAGACCAACAGACACAAUCCAGCUCUGCUGGUACUCCCAGAGAAGUGAUCACCAGUGAAUAUGCUACCAUCCAACCACACUGA